AUGCCGAGUGCGAAGCGUGCUCGUGCUCGCCGAUCUCAUGUGCUAGGCGGAUGUAGCACCUGCAGACGCCGGCACGUCAAAUGCGACCAGAAACGCCCCGCAUGCCGGACCUGCCGGGCUCUGGGAGUUCCAUGUGAGGGCUUCUCUGAUCAGGUCUUAUGGUUGCGCGGCGAUGAUAUUGAAGCGACAGAAAAUGGUCGCCGUGGCACACGUCGCCAUCUCUAUACCGAGCAAUCACGACUUUCUAUGAGUGCUACGCUGGGAAAUGAUCUAGUAUCUGGCUCAGUUGAUGCUUCCCUAGCUGAAGUUGAUCUCCGGUCCCGACACCCAGACCGCUCGCUGGAGAGCGAUAUUGUCAUCGGUCCCUUCGGAGUUCUCAACUUCACUGGCUCUGCAUCAUCACCACAGCCGCAGCCCCAGUCGGAGACUGUACCACGUGGAAAGGAUGAGUCCGUCACCGAGGACUCGGUGCCUGCAGUGCAGUCCACAGAUCUUAUCAUGCCAGCGGACAUGUCUGCCGGCAUGCCGGAUGCUAGCCCCGCGUCGAUCAUUGACUCUCUAUCAAACAUGGAUGACUUUCUUCAUUGGUCCGAUUUGUUGAGCUUUAGUCCAGAUAAUUUGGGACCUCCAUUGCAUCCUACACUCAGCAUGCCAAACGAUAUACCCUUCGAUCUUGGCAAUGAGAACGUUUUACUACCAGGGGCCUUGAACUUGCUCGAAGGCUCGAUACAACUAUCUACUCCAAAGCAAACACCAGUAGAAUUAUCUAGCUUGGCCGAGGACCUGCUCAAAGAUGCGCAAUUCCUUCUCAAGAAUUUCCAGGAUAAUGUGAUUCCCCAGAUUAUGGCAGUCCCAUUUGACAACAAGUCCCCUUGGAAAAUAUUGAACUUGCCUGCAGCAGUCGUGGCCUUUGGGGAUUCUACUUUCCUUGGCACAGAAAGCGUCACUCAUGCCCGGCUUGCAAAUUUAUUUGGUUUAUUAGCUUGCUCGGCUAUCAGCUUGGCUUUGAAGCCGCCAACUGAAGAGAUAAAAUCCACUGAGCAUUGGCAUGAUAUUGCGAAUCGGACCUAUCAGCAGGCCAAGGAUCAUAUACAAAUUUCAUUGCAGCAUGAAACAAACGGUCCAAAAAAGGCCAAGUACAAAGACCAGCUAAUGGCAGCCAACAUUCUCACUCAGUAUGCGAUUUUGUCUGGGCAACAACAACAUGCUCGAUGUUUUUUGAUUGAUGCAGAGCGACUACUACGAUUGAGAGGCUUAUCAAAGAGAAGAAUCUCGAAAAAGGCCCGUCUUUUACAUCAUGUCUAUACGUGGCUGCGGAUUGUGGGGGAGAGUACUUUUGUUCUACACGAUUAUGGGCUCUCAUAUUCAUGCCUCGAAAUGCUAGGCACUUUCACGCGCUCUCAGCCAUCCUCCAGCACGGGGAAUUCUUCAACGGCAGUGGUAUUCAGUGAGCCAAACCCUCAUCUUGACGACUUUCUUCGCCUUGAGAAUCAGAAUUCAGACAGCGAUCUCAAUAUCGAUGAACCGAAGGAUCAGGCUUCGGGAUACCACGACAUACAUCUCCACGACUCCCGCAGCUUUCCCGAAACGCUAUAUAAACAAAUAUACGGCAUUCCAGAGACGUGGCUUAGUCUUGUGUCCCAAACUACAAGGCUAGCCAAUGUCCUAGCAACCUGGGAUAUUGCGCGUACGUCGGGCAGAAAGUUGAGCCUAGAAGCUUGGGAAACACUCCAGCGGCGCGCAAUGCGGCUGGAAAACAUGAUCUGCUCGUUCAAUCUCGGCCGCGCCAGAGGGGGUGCUACUGACCUUCAGGCCACAUGUAAGCCUCAUGGGCAUAUGCUGGAAGCUUUAAACGGAGCACUGGUUAUCUUCUUCUACCGAAGAAUUCGCGAGACUCAUCCUGCCGCGCUGCAAGGAUAUGUGGACAGUGUUAUUGCUGCUCUUGAGAAAUGCAGCGCCUCACUGUCUCAAAGUGGGCUGGUAGGCCCCGGGACUGCCUGGCCUGCUUUCAUUGCUGGAUGUGAAGCACUCACAACAGAGAGGAGGGAAGCAAUCAUGCGAUGGAUUGAUAACGCAAGCUCUAUCUGUGGGUUUACUUCGUUCACUACGGCCCGUUAUAUCAUGACCAAACUCUGGCGCAAGCAGGACGAGUAUUUAACCGCAAAUCGAUCUACACCCGUGCCGAUCUGGGUCGAAAUUUUGAAAGAAGAGCAGAUAUGGCCUCUUUUCUGUUGA